GUUAUAUACUGGGAAAUAUUGGGGUAGGAACUUAUGUUAAAUUGGGGUUGCCCCACCGGGGCUAGUUAGUGUGGGACGUCCCAGUUUGUCCUGUGGUUUUGCCGGUUUACUUUUCUUCACUAAAAGAAUGACUAAACAAGUGACAUGUCUCCGUCUGGAUUAAUUGGAUGUACACUACACACUCGGUUACUACACUGGCGACGAGGAUAAAACUUUGAAGCGGACAGAGCAACGCAUAAAAAUGUCAACUGUCGGAACGCUCAGUGAGUAUGUGGAGACUGACGGGGAUUGGGUGGAAUAUGUCGAGAGACUGCAACACUUUUUCGUGGCAAAUGACAUUAAUGACCAGUCCAAACAACGGUCAGUUCUUCUCAGUGCAUGCGGUGCCAAGACCUACAAACUCAUUCGUAACCUAGCGUCCCCACGGAAACCGGGAGAUUUAAGCUUCCAGGACAUAGUUAAACUAGUGCAAGACCACCAUAACCCCAAGCCAUCAGUGAUAGUGCAGCGCUUUAAAUUCCACACGCAUUCACGCAAGCAAGGAGUGUCAGUGCCUACGUUUGUGGCAGAACUCAGGGCAUUAUCAGAGCACUGUGAGUUUGGAGAUGUACUAAAUGACAUGCUGCGCGACAGGUUAGUUUGUGGAAUUAACGACGACAGUAUUCAGCGUCGGUUGUUGAGUGAAGCCAAGCUCACUUACAAAAAAGCACUGGAGAUCGCGCAGGCAAUGGAAACCGCGGCAAAUAACUCCAAAGACAUUCAACAAGCCAGUGGGGCGGCACAAUCUGACGCUGUUCAUCACGUGGCCAAAGAAAGGAAGGGUAAACAACAAAAGUCCGUGGAAUGCUACCGUUGUGGGGGACCACACUUUGCAAGUGACUGUGGUCUCAAAGACUCUGUGUGUCACAACUGUCAGAAGAGGGGCCACAUAGCCAAAGUGUGCAGGGGCAAAAACAAACAAAAGAAGGAAUGGGGUGAAAAGCCAGGCAAGGCUACACAUCACCUGCAGGAGGAGGAGGAGCCUCAGGAAGAGGAAUGCUCUUUUAACAUGUUCAAUGUCCAUGCCAUCAGCCAGCCCAGAGCAGACCCCAUCUAUGCUACAUUGAAAGUGAAUGGUGCUGAUCUGAAAAUGGAAGUGGACACUGGGGCUUCUGUGUCCGUGCUGAGUGAAAAUGCAUAUCACCAACUGUGGAAAGCAACAAAAGCACCUGCUCUUAAAAAGUCAGCCAUAAAACUGAGAACAUACACGGGUGAGUGCAUUCCCAUCAUUGGGGCAAUUGAGGUGGACAUUGAUUAUGAAGGACAGAAGGCAGCAACAAAGCUGUUAGUGGUCCAGGGGGAGGGGCCUAGUCUGCUGGGUCGAGAUAUCCUACAAAAAAUUCGCUUGCAGUGGGGGAACAUCUGGGGAGAAGUAAAGCACAUGACAGCAGUGCAAGACAUAAUGGCCAAGUACUCAGAUGUUUUCAAGGAUGAGUUGGGCACCCUCCGUGGCACCACAGUGAAAUUAUCUGUGGAUCCCAAAGCUCAGCCUCGGUUUUACAAACCACGUCCAGUGCCAUACGCCAUGAGGGCUAAAGUGGAGGCAGAGUUAGAGCGGCUGCAACAAGCGGGGGUGAUCGAGCCGGUGGAAUUCUCCAACUGGGCCGCGCCCAUAGUACCGGUGGUGAAGGAAGAUGGUGGAGUGCGAAUCUGUGGAGAUUACAAACUGACAAUUAACCAGGCCUCCCAACUCGACACAUACCCUCUGCCUCGAGUCGAGGAUUUGUUCGCCACAUUAGCGGGGGGUCAAACAUUCACAAAGCUGGAUAUGAGUCAUGCGUACCAGCAGCUGAUGCUAGAUGAGGAGUCAAAACAAUAUGUGACCAUUAACACACAUAAAGGGCUAUUCAAGUACAACCGCCUGGCAUUCGGGGUCGCAUCCAGCCCAGGUAUCUUCCAACGCACGAUGGACAAUCUGCUUCGAAAUCUCCCGCACGUAGCGGUGUACCUGGACGACAUUUUGGUCACAGGAAGUACAGAGGAGGAGCAUUUGCGGAACCUUGACCAGGUACUGAGGAGACUGUCUGAGGCAGGACUGCGCCUCAAGCGUAGGAAGUGCGUUUUUCAAGCUCAAAGUGUCACAUACCUGGGGCACCGGAUUUCGGCUCAGGGGCUGUCUCCAGUGGAAGAGAAGGUGAGGGCGGUAAAGGAGGCCCCAUGCCCGAAGAAUGUAGCAGAGCUCAGGUCCUUCCUGGGGUUAGUGAACUAUUAUGCUAAAUUCUUACCUGAUCUCUCCACUGUGCUGUCCCCGCUCUACCAGCUGCUGCACAAAGACAAUUCGUGGAAAUGGCAGCAGGCCCAAGCGGAGGCAUUCCAGCAAGUAAAGAGACUGUUACAUUCAGACCGACUGCUGGUGCACUUUGACCCUGCGAAGGAGGUUGUCCUAUCUUGCGACGCGUCCCCUUAUGGCCUGGGGGCGGUCCUUUCACACCGACUGGAGGAUGGAACUGAAAAGCCCAUUAGCUAUGUAUCACGGACACUGACCACAGCAGAAAAAGGGUACUCACAGUUGGAAAAAGAAGGACUAGCUGUAGUAUUCGCUGUGAAACGUUUUCACCAAUACCUCUAUGGUCGCCGUUUUUCGAUUUUCACAGACCACAAGCCCUUAAUGGGUCUGUUCAGUGAGUUAAAAGGCAUUCCCCCCAUGGCAUCUGCAAGAAUCCAGCGGUGGGCACUGACCCUGUCAGCAUACCAGUACCACAUAGUGUACAGGGCAGGUAGUGAAAAUGGAAACGCUGAUGCUUUCAGCCGCCUACCACUCCCCGAAACACCCAGAUACACCGGUUUUCCACCAGAAACAGUUUUCCUGUUGGACAGACUGGCAAACUCACCAGUGACCGCAAAGCAGAUUAAAACAUGGACUGAGAGAGAUCCGGUGUUAUCACAAGUAAAGAGGUGGGUGAUGCAGGGCUGGCCGGAAGCAGUAGGGGAGGAGAGAUUCAAGCCAUAUGCAAAGCGCAAGUUAGAACUGAGUGUUCUGGAUGGCUGUAUCCUCUGGGGCUCCAGAGUGAUUGUCCCCCUACCUGGGCAGGCACAGGUGAUGGAGGCCCUGCACGAUGCCCACCCGGGAGUUUCUCGAAUGAAAAGCCUCGCCAGGUCAUUCGUGUGGUGGCCUGGGAUGGACAAUGCUUUAGAAGAGGAGGUCAAGGACUGUUUUCCGUGCCGAAGCAACCAGAAGAUGCCGCCGUCGGCCCCACUGCAUCCGUGGCAGUGGCCUGGCCGUGCUUGGUCCAGGCUCCACCUGGAUUUUGCAGGUCCAUUUAUGGGCCAGACCUUCCUGGUGCUGGUGGAUGCACAUUCGAAAUGGCUUGAGGCACAUAUCAUGUCAAAUAUCACAGCGGCCGUUACCACUGACAAGCUCAGAGGCAUCUUUGCCAUACACGGCUUACCAGACACAGUGGUGACAGACAAUGGUGCCACUUUCACCAGUGCCAUUUUCAAAGAGUUUAUGGAGAAAAAUGGGAUCAGACAUGUCUGCUCUGCCCCCUAUCACCCCGCCUCAAAUGGACUAGCUGAGCGAGCUGUGGGAACACUGAAAGAUGCAUUGAGAAAAAUGACAGGACAUUCUCUAGAAACCAAGCUCUCUCGUUUCCUUUUCCAGUACCGGAUCACUCCACACACCACGACAGGGGUAUCCCCAGCAGAGAUGCUUUUUGGGAGGAGACCAAAGUCACACCUCGAUCUUCUUCAUCCAGACAUCGAAGAGAGAGUGGUCCGGGGGCAGGACACACAAAAGCUGAGGCGUGAUCAGCACGCAAAAGACAGAGUCUUUCAGCCAGGCGAUCAUGUUUAUGUCAAAAACUUUGCUACUGGUCUGCCCUGGCUGCCCGGGGUUAUUCAACACCAAACAGGGCCUGUGUCCUUUGUAGUGGAUUUGCUGGAUGGCAGGCAGGUGCGGAGGCACCAGGAUCACCUACAUGAUCGCUAUGAUGCAGGAGGGGAAGCGCGUCAACGGGGGGCACACAAGGACCGUGCAUUCAGCCCUGCAGGCUCAGUGGAAGUUCCUCAGACACCGGAAGAGGACCAAAGCACGCCUGAAGAGCCAGCAGCUCCGGGCACUCCGCUGGCUCAUCCAGCAGCUCCGGGCACUCCGCUGGCCCAACCGGCGGCGCCGGGCACGCCGUUGGCCCAGCCAACAGCUCCGGGCACUCCGUUGGCCCCCAGGCCAACCCAGCUCGGGGGAGCACCAGAACCGAGGAGAUCAAUGAGGCCACAUAGGCCUCCAGACAGACUGACCUGGUAA